AUGAAGCCCUGGAAGGGUCUCUUUCUCCUGCCCUUGGUGGGCCUGUUUUGGCAACCCUGCAGAUCGAACGGGGAGGCUGGCUCCAAGCCCAAUAUCAUGCUGAUAGUCGUCGAUGACCUCGGGAUUGGGGACCUAGGUUGCUAUGGCAACGACACCAUGAGAACCCCUAAUAUCGACCGCCUUGCGAAACAAGGAGUGAGAUUGACACAGCACAUAUCUGCUGCUUCCAUGUGCACUCCAAGUCGAGCCGCUAUCCUGACCGGCAGAUAUCCCGUCCGAUCAGGAAUGGCUUCCAACAAUGAUAACCGGGUGUUCCUAUCCCUGGAUGUCUCUGGAGGGCUCCCUCGGAAUGAAACCACCUUUGCAGCCUUACUCGAGAAGCAAGGCUAUAGCACGGGGAUUAUAGGGAAAUGGCACCAGGGACUAAACUGUAAAACUCACAACGACCACUGUCACCACCCAAUCCACUACGGGUUUCAGUCGUACUACGGCAUGCCCUACACUCUCAUUCCUCCGUGUUGGCCGGACCCAUCCAGGGACACGGAGCUGGCCUUCGAGAGGAGGCUGUGGUUAUGCAUGCAGCUCCUCCUGAUCGCUCUGGUCACCCUGAUCUUCAUGAAGCUGAAAGGCUGGCUCGACACUCCCUGGCUCCUCAUUCUCUUCAUUGCUACGUUUGGCUUCCUCCUGGCUCUUUCCUGGUAUUCCAGUUACACAUCCAGCCUCUACUGGGACUGCAUUCUGAUGAGAAACCAGGAGAUCACGGAGCAGCCCAUGAAAGGAGAACGAGCGGGGUCGAUCAUGCUGAAGGAGGCGGUUUCGUUUCUUCAGAGAAACCGGGAGGGGCCUUUCCUGCUGUUUUUCUCCUUCUUACACGUUCAUGUGCCCCUCCCUACAACGAAGGAGUUCCUCGGAGUGAGCCAGCAUGGCUUGUAUGGGGACAAUGUGGAAGAGAUGGACUCCCUGCUGGGGAAGCUCGUGGACGCCGUCGACGCUAACGGUUUGGGGAACAACACCUUGAUCCUGUUCACCUCAGACCACGGAGGCCACCUGGAAGCUAGGAAUGGGCAUAUCCAGAUGGGAGGCUGGAAUGGAAUAUACAAAGGCGGUAAAGGGAUGGGCGGCUGGGAAGGAGGAAUCCGCGUGCCGGCCAUAGCCCGAUGGCCCGGGGUGCUACCGGCGGGAACUGUCAUCAACCAACUCACCAGUUCCAUGGAUUUCUACCCAACCAUGGCUGCCUUAGGCGGAGGAAUCUUGCCAAAAGACAGGGUGAUUGACGGCCGGGACCUGAUGCCGUUACUGCGCGGAGAUGUUCAGCGCUCGGACCACGAGUUCCUGUUCCACUACUGUGGGUCUUAUCUACAUGCCGCACGGUGGCAACCCAAAAACAGUGCCGCCGUCUGGAAGGUCCAUUACGUGACCCCCAUCUUUGAACCCAAGGGAGCGGGCGCCUGCUACGAGAUAAUAUUUUGCGCCUGCUAUGGGGAAAAUGUAACCCAUCACGACCCUCCUCUGCUCUUCGAUCUUUCGAAAGACCCUUCGGAGUCCCAGCCCCUGUCCCGGGAGAGUGAGCCCCUGUAUGACUCGGUGAUCCAAACGGUCGGGGAAGCCUUGAAGCGUCAUCGCAGGUCGCUGACCCCCGUGCCCCAAGUGCUCUCGGAGCAGAAUGAGCACUCCGCGUGGAGGAAGCCGUGCUGUGGGGUCUUCCCGUUCUGCCUGUGCGAUAAGGAGGACGGUCAUUCCGGGGCUCAGGGAGACGGAGACAAAUCGGCCUAGCUCGUUUCCACACCACUACACGGGCUUUUGGGUUUGUUUUUUUUUUCCAAGCUUUCCAUUUCUGAUGACUGGCUUUGGGGAAAACUAUAAAUUCUUGGUCAGCUCAUGUGCAGAGCGCUGUACGAAGCGCUUGGGAAAGUACAAUAUAAUACUAAUAAUAGU